AUGCCCAAUGUGGCCGUCGGGCUCGGCGCCGGGGCGAGCGCCCUCCGCGUCGUCCGCGGACACCGAUCCGAGAAGAGCGAGAGCCCCUUGGGAGUUGGAGCCUGGGAGCCUUGGGGCCUUGGAUUGAAUGGAUCGUCUGGGUCACAUGCAGGCCUCCGCGGAGCAGCCAUCAUCUAG